UUCGAUUUACGAAUUCGUAGGUACCGGAAAUUUGUUUCUUACGAAUUCGUCCUAAUUUACGAAUAGGCAAAAGGAAGAAAAGACGCAAUUUUUUGGUUCGGUUUUGCUCAUUUUUGUUAGUUCGCAUCAGUUCGCACUGAAUUACGAAUUCGCUGCGAAUUCGCAAAACAAUGGUAAAAUGCGAAUUGUUGCAUCAUUUUUACGCCCAAAAAUUGCGAUUCGUCAAUUCGUCUUUAGACACUUUGUCCACACUAAUGCCCUGUAGGUGGUAGUUCUGAACAGUUCUUUUUACAGAUCGAUUGCCUCAAGUCUUCUCUUUCAAAUAGAGAAACUUGCAAGUCUCUAUCUUUUACCGUUAAAAACGUAUUCAACAAAACAUCCGCGUGCACUGCUUGUUGAAGCCGAUAGUAGGUCUAAAAUGUUUCAAUGCAUACACAGCAUGUUUCUCAUUAGUGGUUUUAGAGCUAUAUUCGUUUAAUAAGAUAUAUUUUUCUGUUCCACGUGGUCGGUUAAAUGAGCCUUUAUUUCUGUUUGAAAGCUAAGAAGAAUAACGGAAGCGAUUUUUCAAUGGUGAUUAUAUGACUUCAGAGCGAACCAACCGCAUCAUACGAUCAGAACAAAGAGGUGUUUUUUAAUAUUUCUGAUUAAAAUACAUGAAAAAAAGUAACACAGAUGCGUUUCUAAAAUCCUCAGGUGAAUUGCUUCGUUUAAAUGUCUGUUUUCGUUAGAAGCUAUCAGCGGAUCUGUGGCUAUCAUGCGUCUUCACAGAAGAGUACUGUACACAACAGUCUUCUUUAUCAAGUGUGAUACCUAUGACUGAUCAAGGAAUGAGUAUCUCGAACUGGAACGUUUGCCAUAAUCGGAUCAUAUAAUAGGUUACAACCAUUGAAGGUUAUUCAAAAUGAUCAUUAAAUGUAUGGAGUCUUCUCCAGGGAGAGGUUCCUUAAAGCAAAUUUCUUUCAUUAUAGAACAUCGGUAGAAGAAGCAUUUACAUUAUUUGAACAAGAUGAUAAUAAAAACGUUUUAAUUAUCGUUAUUGAUGGUAAAAUUGGUCAACAACGUGCACAUAUUUCAUUUGUUCGUCAGUUAGUAGAUAGAACAGAAUAUAAUCACAAUAUAUUAGAAAAAUCACUUCAACAGGCGAUCUCGGCGGCUCCUGUUAACAACAGACAAGGAAACUUUGCCAUGUUUCACCGUCAUCAGCAGCAACAACCUGUAACACAAAAAAAACGUUUUAUACGUAAAUAUUUUAUCAUGUUACUUCAUUCACCAGCUCAAGAGCUUUACCAUCAUUCUUGUUAUCCGUCAAUAUUUUUGCAUGAUUGGGACUUUUACUUUUUUGAUACAUCGAAAGCUGGAAAUUCGUUCCAUCUAAAAAAAAUACUCGAAUUAUUGUGUGCUUCUUAUCAUCAAUCGGAUACGGACAAUACUGAUGUAUUAUGUGAUUUAAAUGUAUUGUUCGACGAAUCACUAUGGUCAUUCUGUUCUCGUUUGCAGUUUAUUCUUCAGGAUUUAUCUCCAAAUGCUUUUGAAAACCAAUAUGCUCGUGAUUUUUAUGCACGUCAUACAUCCAUUGCUAAACGUGUUCACUGUUUGAAACAAAUAAUGAAAAGCUGUACUGAAUUGCAGCAACGAAUUGUCAACGCUUAUCAUGAACGUCUUUCUAAAAAUAAUCAUAAAUUGUACAAUAUAAUUUAUCAAACAGCUAAACAAAUACUAUGUGGUCAACGUUUCGAAGGCCUCGUGGAUUCAAUUCAGACACAAGUGCAAUCAACAUUUACAAAUUUUGUGGCUAAUAUCUUGAGAUCUGUUGUGAACGAUUAUGGUUUAGACAUACUGUCACAAACAUCAUCUAAAAAUGAUGAAAUGCGAUCAAAAAAAUCAUCACGUGGCUAUGAAAUAAUGUUGAAUUUGAUUGACUAUUCGUCGUUCGGAGAUGAUUCGUUAGAUCUUGGAACUUCAGCACCAAAUCAAGAUUUAUUUCAAAUUAUCACACAUUAUUCAUGUGUUCCGUUAACACCAUUGUAUCAUUUAUUUCAUCAACGAAUUAAAACUCAUGCUGACGAUAUUAAAUUAGCAACAUUACUUAAACUAAAUCAAGAAUCAGGAAUAAAUGAGAAGAAUAUGAAUAAUGAAGAUUAUAAUCGCGUAACAACAAAUGAGAAUGACUAUUUUAUUGAUGAAAAUCUGAAUGUAAAUGAAAUAUUUCGUAAUGAAUUGUGUCGAGCAGUUGUGAAUGAUAACAUACUGAAAGAUAUAAUAAAUGAACUUAAACAACGUUUAAUAAACACAUAUUCCCAAGAUCUUGUACGUACAUUCUGUACAAUUGUUGAAGCCAUUGACGUUGAUAUAGAAAAGUGUUCCAAAACGAUUGAAUUUAUAUCACAAUGGUUACAAUUAUUGGAUGAAAAUGAGCGAAACGAAUACAGCAAUAGUAUACAUAAAGAUGUUUGGUUAUUAUGUCACGUUUAUACAUCGUUCGAAUACGAUAGAAAUGAUCUAUUAUCGCUUUAUUCAGCAUGUCGAAUACUUGAUCAAUUAAAUCCAAAUCAAGAUUAUCGUAGUAUAAUUGCAGAUGAAGUGGGUAUCAAUGCUGACAAUAAUAGUCACGGUCGAUCACAAUUUCGUGAAAAUAUAUUUCGUUUAAUGUUCGAUUGUUUAUGGUCAAAACUAUGCCACUUAUGUGAGAUAAAAGAUGAAUUAUCAUUAAUGACGUGGAUUCAAACGUACACGUUUAUAUCGAAAUAUUAUCCAUCUCAAAAUGUGUUACAUUGUGUUCAGUUACAAACAAUUCGAUUUAAAAUUGACUUUAUGCAUUUAUCAUAUUUGAUAUUAAUGAAUGAAAAAACUCCAACUCCAAUUGUACUUGUUGCCUACCUUUUAAAUGAAAAUGCCAUAGACGUUGGGCCAAACAGUUGUUUAUCAAUAUUAUCUAGUAUAAUUGAGUUAAUUAAUGAGUAUUUCGAUGAAAAAAAUUGUAAUUGUUCAACGCUAAUGAUUGAUGUACAACAAUGGAUUAUAUCGAUAUUAAAAACAACAAGCAUUGAUGAUGUUCAAGAACAAAUAGAUUAUUUAUUAAAAUAUUUAAAUGAAACACGUCAGUUACAAUUACCAAUGAAACAAUUUCUGUUUGAUCAAUUAGCAAACAUUAUCAUGGAACAAAAACAGAAAAAAUUAAGAGAACAUAAAAAACCAAGAGCAGACACAUUGAGUCUAAUAAAAGUUUUAUUACCCUUUGUAGUACAACGUCUUCCAGAUAAAAUUACGAAAGAUUUUCAAUAUGUAUUACCUUAUCAUCCUUUUGUUAUAACCAAUGCUGAUGACAGAGACGAAUAUACACUGAUUGAUUUGUUCUUCUUUCAUAUAAGAAAUCGUCUCGAUGAUGAAGUAAUUAAAUAUGAAUUUUUGAACAACAUCAUGCUAUUAAAGCCAACAACAUCGACAAUAAAAAAGAAAAGCUUAGUUGCUGUUGUAGAAAACUUGUAUAGAUUAAUCAAAGAUUACUUAUUAAUUCGUGGGACAGCUUUGUUGCUAUGUGAUGAAAAAUAUGAUGAGUAUUCAGCUCAGUGCUGCCGAUUAAUUCAAAGUAUUAUUCAAACAUAUUUACCCUUUGAUCAACAACAGAAUCGCUUGACUGACAACAUGAAGUUAUUUCUAUCGACAAUUAUAAUGAAACGAAGUUGGAACUAUUUAUUAAAUAUGUUAAAAUUAGAAUUUUUUCAAAGAGUGAAUGAUACAUGGUCAACACAUCUUUGUCAUCUCUUAGAAAUAAGACAAAAUCCACAACAAAAUAAUUAUUUACAAUUAUGUGAUCAAUUACAAUUUACAUUGUCCUCUAAUGUUGAUGAAACGACUAUUUUUCCAAAACUACAUCAGCCGUACAAAAAUUUAAGUCAAAUAUUUGAUGUGUGCGUGCAAGACAAUACUCAACAACGAUGGAAUCCACUAGCAGAAUGGAUACAAGUACAAUUAAAUUCAAAUCCACCUCUGUUAGAAUUAAAUGAAAUAAAAACGUUAUUAUUACUAAAAAUUUAUUACAAUUAUUAUUGUAAUAAUCAAUUAGCAUUGUUAAAUAUGUUACUCGAAACAAUUGAUAAUGCAUUACAGUUAUCGACAGAAGAGAUGCGUGUUUUUCGUGCAAUAUUAAAACCUGAGCAAUUUAUGAUUGGUUAUAAUAUACUCAUGGAAGCAGAAAAAAAUUUUCUAUAUGAAUUAUUUCAACUUAAUGCUAAAUGCAGUGAUGAAUUAUCAAUUCGACAUUCACUUAUUAAUUUAAUGGCAAUGAUUUUACUAGGUGGAAAAAAUAAUUUUCUUUGGUCGUUUGCAUUUCAACCAUUAUCAUUAGAAAAUACAUUCGGUUUUGGAUCAACUGCUCAACAGGUAAUUCGAGCAAACGGAGUGCAUUAUGACUGUGGAUGUAUAUUAACAGAAAAUGGUGAUCUGUUACAAUUUGCGAACAAGGGAACAGCUCAAUCAUUAAAUGUACCAGCAGUGUAUGUUGCUUACUUUGCAACAUUUGGAGCAAUGGUCUGGCAUUUGCUAUUGUUUGAAAAUUCUGUUGCUAAUUUAUAUGGACCAAUUCUUGCUAAACAUGCUGUUGAUAAUACUGAUGUUGUGUGCCGCAUUGCUGGUCAUACAGAACGCACACGUGUUUGUCAUUUUGUUCGUGCCAGAUUGUUUGCAUCAAUGGAUCAUUUAUCGAUACGAUCGAAUAGGGAAGAUGCAUCGAUUAUUCUAAAUCGAUGUUUUGAACAAUUUGCAUUUUUAACAUUGAAUCAAGUGCAAAAUUCAUGGAUAAAACCUCUUUAUGUAAAAUUAGAUGAAGAAUUAAAAGCUGAACAAGAAUUUCAAAGUUUAGUAUUCUAUCGCGUACAUCAACAAUUACCAUCAUACAAAGCAUAUAUCAACAAUUUGCGUUUACAAUCGGAAAUUCAAUUAAAUCUGCAGCAAUUUGUGUCGAAUAUUCCGUUACAUGUUCAAUAUCCACAUUUUAUCAUUGAAUUACAUAAUCCACAAAAUGUUAAUUUAUCAUUAACAAUUCUUCAUCAUGUAUUGGAUUCAAGAGAUUUUCUAAAAAUGACCGUACUCAUCUAUGAUUUAAGUCAAUUUUAUAUUCUAUUACAUCAGACGUAUGCUCAAUUGAUUGAAACAGAACAAUUUAUAUCAAUAACGUUGAAAGAAUUAUACAAUAUUGGAAAAAAACAUCAUAGACGAACGAAUAAUUCUGAUGUAUACUGGACGAUUAUUGAAAAUGGAAUUAAAGCUGUAAAUAGUUAUCAUUUGUUUACAAACGGUCUGAUACAGCCUGGUGCAUGUGAUUUGAGAGAACGUUUUACAUCGAUUACUAGUGAUACACCACUUAGUUAUCUGGUAACAGGUGAUAGUCAUGACGAAGGAGAUAUUAUAUGGCGUAUAUUAAGCGUUCUUAUUGAAUUUCACAAUGAUUUACUAAAUGUAAUACAAAAAGAGUUCAAUGAUAACGUGGAUUUACAAGACAGUGUCAUGAUGAGAAAUUUAGUGAAUGAUUUAUCGUCAAAAAAAGUGUCCAUUAUUCAAAUAUCUCGUGAUAAAAACGGUGUCAUCUCACUGGAUAGCAAUGAUUUUUUGUGUAUUGAACAACUAGCUAAAGCAAGUUUAAUACCCACUGAUGAUAAUGAAUAUUUUCAAAUAGUUGAUUCUCAGUUGAAUUUCGAUUAUCGAUAUGUACAAUCUUAUGUUAUUCGUACAUAUUUAUUAUCAACACGUAUCGAUUAUAAUCAUAUUCGUACGAAAUAUCGAUGUCAUAUACGUAAAAAACCAUGUGCAGUAAGAUCAAAUGAAAUUUAUAAUCUUGGCGAAGAAUAUUCUAUUCCAUUAAGCCAUAAUGAACUCGAAACACAAUGGAAUCAUUUACCGGAUAUGAUGUUAGAUAAACUAUAUGACAGUCUCAAUAUUAUUAAACGUAUAUCAUUAAUGGUGGAAGAUCAACUGAAACACGAUAGUCAAUUGAAUUUAUCUAAAAUGUAUGUUCGAGAAUUUCUUGAACGUUAUUCAUCGGAAGAAAAUGAAAUAAAUCAAUUAGAACAGAUGGAUAUUAAAGAUUUUCAAUUAUGUCAUAUUAAUUUUGUACGAGAGCUUUAUGAAAAAAACACAGGCGCAUUUCAACAUUUGUUCGCCGAUACACCCCAACUUUUACGCAUACCAAUACAACAACAAUUAAAUGAUGAAUUAAAUGAAAUGUUUUCAAUGAAUAUAAUUACUGCUGAUUGCGAAACCACCGAUAAAAUCAAAUCAUGUAUUCAAACAAUAACAGAAUUAUUAAAUGAUUGGAAACAAAUUGAAUACUUUUUACAACGACAAUCAGGACAAUCGUUGACUGAAACAUGUAACGUAUUGGGAAUAGAAAAUCCUUUAUUAAAUCUAAUACCACGUGAAAUUAAAUGUGAAAACUAUUUAUACGUUAGCAUUUUACUUACUAAACAACGAUCAAAUUUGCAAGAAAAAUUAAUAAAUGUAGAAGAAAAACAAGUCAGAAAUCCGAUGGAAUUGUGGAAUGAAUCAUUUGUUCCUGAACAUCAACAUCAGCAUGUAGUAAAAAAUCGUUUUCAGCAAUAUUUAAACGAAGAAGAAAACGAACAACAACAUCAGCCAAUAUUAUCACCAUCAGAUGCAGCAAAUUUAAUUGAUUGGAAUGACAAACCCACAAUAUUUCGUAAAUUUGGUCAUCUUGAUAUUCAAACAACCACGGAUGAUAAUUCUAAUAAGAUAGAUUUGGAUACUGUGACAACUGAAUCACACGAUCAUCCAGUAACAAAUAAUCAGUCUAACACCACCGUGAGAAAUAUUGAUUUACAACCUCAAAAAUAUUUGUCAUUGUUUGAAAUACGUCUCAAAUCUGUUCCACUAUCGUCUUGUUCAUUAAUCAGAAAAAUAAUCGAAAGACAACAACAAGCACAGGAAGCAUCAUCUGCUGGAACACAAGUAACAAAAGUACAAAAGUUCUCAUUGAAAUUUUUUGAUGAAAACGUCAAACCAUCUUUUUCUCUUCGUAAAUUAGAAAAAGUUCAUGAAUUUAUCAAAAAUUCAUUUGUAGAAAAAAGAUACGAUCUGACAAAAUAUGCUGUUAUUGAUAGCGAUCAAAUUGUUAUUGACUUUGAUAAACCAGUUCAACGAUAUACAUCGUUAGAAUAUCAAGUUGUCGAAAGAACAAUAUUAAUAAAAGUCAGUAUUCAUUAUAAAUCUGAUCUAUUUAAUUACGAAGCUAAAAACGACACGGAUAUUUGGAACAUUGUUAAACGUUUCAUCGACGGCAGAAAUAUAACAUCCUCAUUUUGUUUAAUUGAUCCGUUAGGUCAAUGUAUCGAUUGUGAAAUUAUUGAAACAAUGUAUCGUGAAAAAAAUCAAUCAGUCAUUUUAACAGUGGCUGAUGAGCUCAAUGAUGAUCUUUGUCAAAUAGUCGUACAAUCAAAACAAAGUAAGAGAGUACAUACCUUUGUUCUCAGCUUGUAGUGGAUGACGCCACAGAUAAGACUCAUCCCCUUGUUAGCUCGAGUAGAUUGCAGCCAAUAGAACUUCCUAAGCCAAGAAUCUAAUUCUUAUUUUGCGACACUCGAUUCCUUGACGUAAUCAAGUCUAGUACAGCUCCGCAGGUUUAAAAGAAGAUCACAGUGGCUGCUGAUAAAACUCCAGUCAUUGUUCGUGUUCAAUUUUACUGCACCGUAGAGAAUAGCCAUGUUACAUGAGAAACCUAUCUGCGAAACGACUAGACCAAAAAUAAAUCUUUUUUGUUUUUAAGGGUUUCGAGGUGUGCUCUUUCUUUUGGCGGAUUCGAAAAAGUUUAAAAUGAGCGCAAGUACGAUUUCUCGAAAACAUGUUCUUUUGACACAAGGAACUUAAUAGAAUGAUGUUUAGGAAAACGUUUUGUCUGUAAAAUUAUUUUAAGUACACCAUUCGAUUCAAAACUGUACGAGCUACAUUUUAAGAAAAAGACUUUGUUCCAGUGCCAAAUUUCGAAUUUUAAGUUAAAUUCUGAAUUUGAAAACUUGAGCCUCUUCUAAAUGUAAAAUACACUGGUUCACGAGCGCACUGGAAUAUAGAGCUCGAUAAAUUAAAGGAUACUGAAUAGAUGGCGAAGUUUGAAAACGAUUUUCAGUGGAUUUCUGGAAGGUUUCUGGAAAUUUUUCUUUUAAAUCUCAUUUUUACGCCUCAUACGAGCGUUUAAUAACAGAAAUGAGGUGAUAUUCGAAUUCAGUGUCAAAAACUACGUCGACUGACAGUUCUGAUAAGUUUCUUGAACAUUUGGUUCAGAAAAAAAUUAGGGCAAGAGUAUCCUUAAGCCCUUCGAAAAAAUAAAAGUUCUUAUAGAAACAUUUUUCACUAUACAAGAUACUUUAUCAAUAAUCAUUGUGCAGUCCGAAUUGAGGUUAAACUUCAUCAUCAGCUUACCAACCACGUUUCGCCAAUUUUAUUUUUUCGAAGCGCUUGUGCCUAAGGAUAUCCUUGCCCUAAUUUUUUCUGGAACAAAUACUUUCUGUCCGAAU